AUAUUCAUAAUUUUGUUAUUACAAUAACACGAAAAUAUUUAAAAGCGAUAGUUCCUAUCGAUAGUGCAGGGCGAUAGUACAAACAGCAUCCCCGAGUUUCACCAGUGAAACGCCAGAGUUUUUUUUUACAAACAGAGUACGAGUUAUCAGGCAAAUUCAAAGGAUUUUUUCGUAAUAUAUAUAGCUUAGAAAAGGGUGUGAAAAGCAAAAGCCGGGAGCCAUGGACAUGGAACUGAGUCUGGACGAGAUUAUUGAGCGGAAGCGCGGGCACGGCGGUUAUCGUCCCAUCGACAAAAAGUUCAAUGCGAACUACUCCAAGCCGCGCCGCUUGCUGAACAAGCCUUCUUUCAAGCCAUCGGGCGCAGGAGGAUCCCUGUCCGAUCCGCCCACAAAGCACACCUUCGAUGCAAGGAACAAGAUCAUCCAGAAGGCACGUGCCAAGAUAGGUGAUGCCCGGGAUCUGAUCAACCAGAGCAUGCGCGAUUCUGGCAUCGAUGCCCGCCAGCUGUUGCUGGAUCGGAAGAAGGCCCGCCCGGCGGGCCCAGUGCCUGAUGAUGAAGAAGAGUCGUUCAAAUCAUCACGUCACGCACGCGGAACGGGAGUGCACUUGGGUCGGUUCGGUCAGCGCACCAUUAGCAUGUCAAAUCGUCCGGGCGGCACCAUCCAGACGAAAUGGGACACGGACGACGAGCUCGUGGGACUGGGUGACCACAGAUUGGCGGGUCUGCGUCGUUCCUUUGGCCCCAGAUCCAAUCAGCCGGGCAAACCCUUUGCUCCACGGGGCUAUGUUGAUCAUGACAAUAUGCAGGACCUCGAGGAUGAGGAGAUCACCCGCACACUUCACUUUGGCAGCUACACUGGCCAGCAGCAGCCGCCACCGCGCUACACCUUUGGUGGCUUCGACCUGAACCGCGAUGAUGACGUGGAGAUGUCCACAGCUCCACUAAAGAACAAUAUAGCUAACGAUCCAUUCUCUAUUUACGAGGUGGCCCGCAAUCGCAUUGAGCGCCCUUCGUUGCCCACCCCACUGGUAGUUGGACGCACGGAUACCAGCGAGAAGCUAUUCGAGCGCCGUCAUCGCAACAAGGUAAACACAAGCAAUCUCCCAGAAUCGCUGCGGGCUCGUCUGUUUGGCGGUGAGCCGGAUCGUCGCGUUUCACAUGGGAUCUACGCCAACGAGAACCGGGGACAGGUCGUUGGUGGCGGUGGUGGCGGUGGUGUUGGUGGUGGUGCAGCUCAAUCGAUGUCCCACCCCAUGACAAUGCGCCGUUCACCACCCACAUUGCCGUUGAGUACGUCGAACAGCAAGGGUGGAUAUCGCCUGCUGGUGAGCAAUUUGCAUGCUAACGUGACCACUGCAGAUAUUCGCGAGCUCUUUAGCGACAUCGGCCCAAUGUACGACGCACAUGUGGUGCGUCCCGGCACCGCCGAAGUUAUUUACAAGUCACUGAAACACGCCGAGAUGGCCGUAGACGCAUAUCACCAUCGUGAGUUCGAUGACCAGCCAAUGCACUGUGUGCUGGUCAAUCCGCACUCCUCCCUCCGUUCCUCGCACAACGCCAGCUCUCGCACCGUGACCACAAACUCGUCUGGCGUGGAGGUGGACAUCGAUGCACUUCACUCGGUACUCUUCCGCGACCGCUAGGCACUAAGCAGUCCUAGACAAUCCCGGGAACUAGACAAUUUUCUAGACAUACCACCCAUUUUACCAUCUCCUUAGUAGUAAGUUCAUUCUCACUUUGGGCGCGCUUACCGACGUUCGUUCAGAAAACUACACAAGUUUAAGUAUAGACACUGUUUCAAAAUAGACAAGAACAUUGUAGAAUUCAAAGCAUACAUUUCUUUUUGUUUCGGAUACUAUUUUUUUUUUUUUUGUACUUUCCUAACGCAUAACCUGGCAUAUCUGUAUUUUUAAUUGUCUGUCUCCACUAUACGUUGAUUUAGUAAAAACUGAACAAACUCAUUGUAUCAUCAUCAAUGCAAUUCAACACCCAACUUAAUGUAUGGCAUCUAAAAUGAUUUCACAUCCGGUUUUGAAGUUGAACAUCGGUAUUGAAACAUAUUCUCGUACCAUUUUUGUCUUCUUAAAACCAAUAAGGAUGGUGAGAAAAACCAAGGUGACCCAGUAAUGUUACAAUUGCUUGUAUAAUAUUACAUAAAAUGUACAGUUUUUAAAUUUCA